AUGUCGGGUGUCAAGAACCUCCGGGCCAUGUUCGAGCAGAAGCAGGACGCGAGCCCGCCAGAGAGAGGACUCGAUCGUGGAAGGUCACCAGGAGACUCGUCAACUCGAUCCGAGACGCCUCCCCGACCUCUCUCCAAAGUUCGCACAAACUUCAUUGCCGUCCAAGAAAAAGACGGCCGCAUAGGACUGAGACGGGACCCCAGCGACGACGGUUCCACGCGCAGCUUGUCACGACGACGCCUCAGCGUCAACACGGAAGAAGGCAGUGUUUCGGCCUUUUCAGAAAGGACCAUGGCAUUCACCGAGCCCAUCCCUGAAUCGCCACGGGCCCCAGAGACGACCACGUCGUCCCACGGAGCCAAUGGCACCAAUGGCGAUUCGACCAAGCUAUUGGGAGCGGUAACCGACCGUCCCAGCCACAACCCGGACAAACACAUGGACGUCGAAACACCAACCCCCAAGCUUCUCCCAGCAGAUCCUACAGAAAAGCCGCCAUCCAACCUGUCGGCCAUCUCAACCGACAAGGCAGCCAAGGCUACCACCGCCACCACCAAGACGGGUGCCAAAUCACCUACCCGACAGCUUCCGAGCAGACUUCAGACCACAAAGACGACGACAAAAGCACCAGCCAAGUCGCCCGCCCUUCCCAAAACCCCGACCAGCCUCCCCCGGGCCGCAGGCGCCACCCAAGCUACCAAGACGACCCGGGAGCCGGUCAAGAAGCCUGUCGACAAGGGCACGACUUCCAAGCCAGCCACUACCACGGCGAGGACUGCCACCAGAGCCGGCACAUCGGCGUCGGCCGCGAAAAAGGCCACACCCGCUCCCGUAUCGAUCUCGUCCUCGGGCAGCACAGGGUUCGUCAAGCCCAAGGUCAAGUCCCCCACUCGACCGGUGAACCUGCCGUCUUCCUUGAUGGCGCCCACGGCGGCAUCGGCCUCGCAUUCCAAGAUUGCCCGCCCCACGAGUCGGUCGAGCGUGUCGACGACGGCCACCAACGCCACGGCGACCACCAAGACGCUUCGAAAGCAACGCUCCAGCAUUAACCAGUCGAGACCCAGCCUCGGCCCGCCUCCCAAAAAGGCCCAAGAUCACCCCGUCACCAAGAAGGAGCGGGAGGUGGACGAAGGUUUCCUCGCUCGCAUGAUGAGGCCCACGCAGAGCUCGAGCUCCAAGCUCAGCGACAAGGUGCCCAUUACGCCGCCACGCAAGGCCGCGCCCAAGAAGGACGCGAGCUCCACCAAGGCCAGCACCUCGACGACGGCCAGCGGGCGGAAGAAGAUUGGCCAGCCUGCAUUUGCCACCACGGGGAGCCCGGGACAGAAGAAGAUUGCUGACGCCGAACAAGUGGCCCUCGUCGAGACGGCCGAGGACGCCAUCAGUGUGGCGGCUGCAGCGGGCGUCGAGGAGCCUGCCGAGGCCAGCCCUGCGAGGGUGGAGGCUGAGCCGGCCAAGGAGCUCGAGCUUGAGCCUACCGUUGUCGAGGAGCCCGAGCUCGAGGAAGCCGCGGCCGAGGAGACGGCUGCCGAUGUGGAGGCUGAUGGCAAGACGGAUGACGUGACAGAAGAGGCUGUCCCCGAGAGCGAGCCUGCUUCUGCCUCUGCCGAGACAUCUCCCGCUGCAGAAGAUGCGGCCGAGGUCCUGCCUGCUGUCGAGGACGCUCCCGUCGAGGCGAUCGCGGUUGUCGAGGACGACGAGGAGCCGACGGAACCCGUCAUUCUCGACACCAUCACGCCGCCCCCUGACCUGUCAACGCCCGAGGCCAAGGCCAUUGUGGAGAAGGACGCUACAGAGGCCGCUGACGUUGAGGAUGUCGGCAAGGUGCUGGAGAGUCUCGCGAUCACGGACGCCACGGCCGAGUCGCCAGCAGCGAAGGCGUCGGAGAUCCAGGCUGUCGAUGAGAGUAUUGAGGUCGAUGAGGUCAGCCCCGUCGACGGGCCCACGAAGGAAGAGGCUGCACAGAAGCCCGUCGCUGAGACCGCGGCAAACUAG